UAAUGUCACAAUUCAUUGAUAAUAAUAUGAAACAAGAUACACAUAUAAUUUAUUUAACAAAACAGUUUCUUUGCUGUACUGCAUUAAUUAACAUGGAUUUUACAGUAAGUAUUGGGAAAGAUUUCGAUUUAAACAUCCAAAAGCAAAUUUUGGAUAAUACAAUAGACAGUGAGUUGAUUAAGCGAUAUCCGAUAAAGAUCUCAUACCAGAAAGCAUUUUUAAAAUCUCUUAUGAAAAAGAUAGAAGAAAGUGGUAACGAGGUACACGCUGAUUUAUAUAAUGCAUAUUGCAGAUUGAUAUCGUUGCCAGAUGGAGAAUCUAUGCAUUACCGCCAUUUUUUAAUUGAAAAUGGAACAUUAAAUUGUAUUACAUUAAAAGAGAGUACAAAUCUGAUUUCCAAAGGAACUACAGGCUUAUGCAGCUGGCAGGGUGCCGUAAUAUUAAAUGAAUGGUGCGCAGAAAAUAAAGAACGGUUUUAUGGAAAAACUAUAUUAGAACUCGGCUGUGGAAUCGGAUUGACUGGUAUGAGCGUAGUUAGCACGUGCUGUCCGAAGCAAUACAUUUUUUCCGAUUGUCAUCCAAUGGUACUAGAUAUGCUCUGUGAUAACGUAAAACUUAAUUUCCUGUCGAACGAGCGAUGCAAAUUAUUGAAUACACGUGAAGCAACAUCAAGGCUACAGUUGCAAUUAAAAUACGAGCAAACUGACAUUCAAGUAAUAGAUUUGAAAUGGGAGGAUAUUGAUAGAUAUGUGACAGAUGAGUCAUCACAUCCCGACGUAAUUAUCGCCGCUGAUAUUCUGUACGAAAGUAACUCGUUUGAUUCUUUGGCAUCAGGAUUAAAAUGUCUCUUAACGCCAGACAAUUAUGCAAUUUUCGCUGCAACAAUUCGUAAUGAAGAUACUGUUACACAAUUUUUGGAACAUUUAGGAAAUCACGAUCUUGCUUUUGAAGAAUGUGACUCGCCAAAACAUAUUAUGUCAAUACAAUCUAUUAACGCACCAGUUCGAAUAUUGAAGAUUUCUCAGACGAUUUGACAUUAAUUUUGACAUACUAAUUUAUUUAUAAUGAAAAAAUUGAUUUAUCUCAUUACAAGUAAAAUAGAUAAUCAGUUAGCAAU